CCCUCAGGCGGAGCAGAGGUGCUAACUGGGCCACGCAAUGGGGGCGGGGCGCCCGUUCUAACUCGCUUUCAUGGUUCCCAUAGCAACCGGGACGUUGGCGGCCUAGACGCUCCCGGUCAGACAUGGCACUGCCGGAGCCAGUCCGGAGGCGGCUCAGCAACUUCAGCCGGACUGUAUUCAGCGACAGCAACCGCACCGGCCCGGAGUACCCCGACGGCGGCUGUAGCCCGGAUAACGAAAUAGUUUCAAGUUUGCCGUUGCAGAUGUCCCUCUAUUUCAACCUCUACUUUUUCCCAUUCUGGUGGGUGAGCAGUGUUGUCAUGCUUCAGCUGAAGUACUCAGUCUUGCCAGAUUACUACAAGUUCAUCCUGGUCACAAUAAUCAUCCUUGCCUCUCUAAUUGAGGCCAUCCGACUGUAUCUGGGAUACAUAGGCAAUCUGCAAGAGAAGGUCCCUGAGCUGGCUGGUUUCUGGCUCUUGAGUCUUCUCCUUCAGUUUCCCCUAAUUCUCUUCUUGCUCUUUAAUGAGGGUCUGAAGAUCCAGCCACUGGAGCGUGCAGUCCACAUCAUCUUUGCCUUCUUCCUCACCUUUCAGGUCAUUGCAGCUUUUCUUGCCUUGAAAAGAAUGGUGAACCAAUUGGCAACUCGCUUUCACCUUCAUGAAUUUGACCAGCUGGACAGACAUUCUGCACCUGAUUAUCCAGCCUGGGAGAAGAAGAGAGUACAGGCUCCCCGGGUGGCUGGAUCACACUUGGAAGCAGCUCGUCCAACAACCAUUGGCUGGGGUUCUGCACUUAAGGCUUGACAAGCUACCAGGGUAGAGUCUGGGAAUGAGUGUCCCUUGCUGCUUUGGAUUAACCUCAGUCUUCUUGCUCAUCAGACAUUAAAAGUAGCUCUAAUGCAGCAGGCAAUAUUUAACCCAGGAGAUAUGAACUCCAUUCUUUGUGAUCAGUUACACGGUGGACUUCAAUUCACAUGCAUGUCAUUAUGGAGUUUGUAGAUUUUAUACUUUAUACUUUAGCAAGUAUGAAAUUUCUUUUACUUGUAUACAAAAGAUUUCUAUUUUCAUGACCAUUUUGCAAUGAAAUGUUUUGUUUG